AUGGCUAAUUCAAAUAUUAAGCUGUUAUGCAGCAUACUGAGCAAAAUGAGAAUUGAUUAUAUGGCAAUUAGGACCAGCCACUAUCAACCCAAAUUUCGGCCCCCACAUUGGUAUUUACCAAAAGAAAGAGUAUUGAGUGAGGAUAUGCUUACACAAGAAAAUAGAGACUUCAUUGAAGAAGUUAAACAAGAUAAAUUGAAAUUGCAAACACGAAUAGAAUCACCAAUCCUAAAUGAACAGCAGGAAGUAGUCCAAUGGGAUCCUAAGACUCGUAGAGUGGGAUUGAUAGCACGUAAAAUAGGAAAUUAUCCAUUAUGGUCUAAAGAUGGCAAAAAGUUUCAAACUACUUUGUUGCAGGUAGUUGAUAAUCACGUCAUAAAAUAUAUACCUCCAGAAGAAUUUAAGCCAAUGAAAACUACUAAACAUAGUUGGAGGGAAAAACCCAGAUUAGGUUGCCUUUUAGUAGGGUCUGAAACAGUUGAUCCAAGUACAGUCACUAAAGAAUAUAGUGGACUCUUUAAUAGUGUGGGAAUGUUGCCAAAAAAACAUUUAUGCCGCUUUAUAGUUUCUCCUCAUGCACAACUUCCCACUGGGACACCUUUAUUUGCAACCCACUUUAGAGUUGGUGAUUAUGUAGAUGUCAGAGCUAAAACAAUGGAUCGUGGUUUUCAAGGAGUAAUGAAAAGGUGGGGCUUCAAAGGAAUGCCUGCAUCUCAUGGUGUUACGAAAACCCAUAGGCGUCCGGGAAAUAUAGGUGCUGGAGGAAAUAAAGCAAGAGUUUGGCCUGGUACCAAAAUGCCUGGUCAUAUGGGAAACAGGUGGCGAACAUUACGUGGUGUUAAGAUUCUUCGUAUGAACACAAAACAUAAUGUGCUUUGGAUGCUAGGUGUGGGUAUACCUGGAGAAACUGGAGCCAUGUGCUAUUUGUUCGAUACAGUACUACCAUUGAAGAAAUUACAAACAGCCCCACCUUUCCCAACACAGCCAUUUGUUGAGGAUUUGCCAUUAGAAUACUAUGAUGAAUCAAUACAUCCCUUUGAAGAAUCGUCUAUUACUUUUGAAGAAUCU